ACACAGGAACGUUUUUCUCUUCCUCCGAUAGAAAAACAACAAGCAGAAUUAUGAUUAAGCUGUUUUAUGCUGUGGUUUUUGGCUGCAUUCUGGCGCUCGGCCUGCCUCUCAACGCCGUGUCGCUCUGGAUCCUGCUUCGCCACCACGGCCUCAGAUCGCCCAAUUCUGUCCUCAUGAUCAACCUGGCGAUCUCCGACCUGCUGCUCGUCAUCUUCCUGCCUAUGAGAGUCUACUUUUACGCUACUGGCACCUGGCCACUGGGGCGAACCACAUGCCUCGUGGUUACACUUCUGUUUCGCGACAACAUCCGCUCGAGUUCCAUCUUCAUCACCUUCAUCAGCGUGGACCGGCUGCUGGCUGUGGUUUACCCUCUGAGGUCUCGCCAUCUUCGAACGGCAUCCAACGCCGUGAAAGGCGCUGCCGUCGUUUGGCUGUACGUGCUGCUGCUGAACAUUCCAGAAGGUGUGAACAUGUCGAAACACUUAUACACUCAAAACGACACGAUUUGUUUUGAAUCGGUUCAUUCAAAUAACCCAAGAAAACCAUUUAUCCUCUACUUUCAAACUGUGGUAAUGAUUGUCAUGCUGGCAGUCAACAUCGGGUGCACCUUCAUGGUGCUAAGGACUCUGCGCAGUCAUCUCAAUGAAUCUGCAAAGGUCAACAACAAGGUGAAGGUGAUGGUGAUUUUUGCCAUGAACUUGGUGAUUUUUAUCAUAUGUUUCCUGCCUGUGACAUUUGGUUCAAUGACCAGUCUUUUUGGUUCUGAUAUCACGGCGUUUGUAUGCCUGGCUACUGCAAACUGCUGCCUGGAUCCACUGCUGUAUUACUUUUCUCUUGAUGCUUUCUGGAGGAAAAAAGAAGACGCCGAUAUGAGACGAGAAAUGAGAACAAAUGAUACUGAAUUCUCAUGAGUAAGACAUCCCAUUUAAAUUGUAA